AUGAUGGCUGGCGCUCCUGCGACAAUGCCUCGUAAUGGCGGCGCAGAUACAGAUACGGAAAAGUCUAAGCCUGGCCUCCUGGCUCGGGUGUAUGCCAGAAUGGACAUUGACCUGCACACUUUUCUGAGAAUGCUCAAAGCGGCAAUUCCGUCAACAGUUGCUGUUGCCAUGUACCAAGCUGGCCCCGUCGCCAGCGAGUACAACAUCAUCGGUUAUCUAGUCGGAACCAUCGCCCUAUACGGGCAAUGCUGUGCGCCGCGCGGAAAAUUCAUCCAGCUCCUCGUGCGAAGUCUGCUAUGCAUGUGUUUUGGCGCUGCGAGUGCGCUUCUCAUGACGAUUUGUUGUGUGCAGGCGCGCAAACAUACGUCAACUGCUACGACGACGUCAACGUCGCCGGCGGAAGCUCCAUACAACUCGGCUGCGUCUGCUGUCGCCGGCGUGUGGCUCUUUUUUGAAAUGUAUAUUCUCAACACCCUACGCGCAGACAACCCGCAACUCAACUACCCCGUCGUCAUGCACAAUUUGCUGUUCAAUGUGGCCGCUGUCAACGCGCCAAGCUACAUGACCAUAGCCUCCGGCACGGCUUUUAUCGUGCUUCUUCUGAAGUCGGUUCUGACUGGGCUGGGGCUUUCCAUGGCUACGCAUUUCCUCAUUCUUCCGGAUACCUCGCGUGAGGCCGUGUAUAGGCUGAUGGGCGAGUAUGUCGAUGCGCUGCAAAAGACGCUCAAAACACACACUGCGUAUUUCGAGUCUAUGGAAAGAGUCGACAUGUUUGUCCGCAUCCAUACCGCCAAUAUGACCGAAGAAAAGGAACUGUACCGGAAAAAAGCCGACGCUAUCAAAGAGGCUGCCCGCGCCGUGUCCCGAAUCCACGGCAGUAUCAACAACGAGCUGCCCUUUGCCAAGAGCGAGGUAGCCUUUGGCAAACUAGGUCCGGGCGAUUUGUCUAUGAUUUUCAAGCAUCUGCGCGCUGCCAUGACGCCGAUUAUCGGGCUGAGUACCGUGGUUGAUAUAUUUGAGCGCAUUAUGGAGUGGAAUAACUGGGACAAGCCCGUUGAGGAGGGUGGUGUUGAUUUGAAAUCAGACUAUGUGCAUGCGCGAACGGUGCAUGAUUGGAAUAUGAUUAUGGCGUCUACGCAUGACUCUUUUGUGCGCAUUAUUGACGAUAUCAAUGAUGGCUUGCAGCAUGCCAAGUAUCAGCUGCGGUUUGCAAAGCGGCCAAAGAAAGAGAAGGGGAAGGAUGUCGAAGCUGCUGCUACUAUAAAACCAGGAGACGACGGGUUCGCUGAAUAUCUAGAAGCGAAGAGCAAAGAGUUUUACACGGCAAGACUGGUGACUUUGAGGGAAUGGUGCGAGAACAAAGGUAUCGACCUUCCGAGGGACUACUUUGAUCGCCCCAUAGACCAGCCUAUUCACCUCCCUGAGGACUUGCCCGGCGGGCUAUCACGAGAACGAAACGAGCGUCAGUUGUAUAUUCUCCUUUAUGUGGAACACAUGCUGUACUCUUCCAGUCGGGCUACCCUUAGCCUCGUGCGCUUUGCGGACGAACGUGCCGCGAGCGGAAAGCUCUCACGCAAGAGACUAGUUGUCCCCGGAAGCAAGCAGUUUCGAAAAUGGAUCUUGAGUUUCUUUGAAGCGCAGGAUGACCAUGGCGAGGACUCGGUAGACGGCGGCUACCGUCGACGUAUGGUGCUCGAUUUAGGCCAGGCAUAUCAGAAACGCAAGGAUCCAGAACAUUUACCGCCUGAGAAUAUGAGUCAGCGGAUUGGCGAAUUUGUGCGCAUGAUACCGAGCUUUUUCCGAUCGACGCAGUCCCAAUUUGGCGCGCGAGCGGCGUUUGCCACAAUGACAAUCGGGGUUAUUGCGUUUACCGAGUCGUCGCGCUCGUUUUUCAUCACUCAUCGGCUAGUCUGGGCCAUGAUCAUGGCGACGAUGAGCAUGAGUCCCACGGCGGCGCAGACGGUCUCGAAUUUCGUGUUUCGCUGCGUCGGAACGAUCCUUGCCAUGAUUGGGAGUAUGCUAAUUUGGUACAUCCCCAAUGGGAAUCCGGCCGGCGUCGUUGUCUUGCUGUUUGCUUGGACCACAACUGCCUGGUGGGUGCCGCUCAAACGGCCAGUGCUGCAGGCAACGGGGAUAGUCAGUAUGACCACCACCCUGAUCAUCAUCGGAUAUGCAGUCGAAGUCCAGAAACUGGGCAAGGAGACCCUGACGGCCAGCGGCCAGGAGUACUAUCCCACCUACUUGCUUGCUCCAUACCGGCUGGCCACGGUGCUUGCCGGCUUGUUUGUAGCUUUCAUCUGGACCAUUUUUCCAUACCCAAUCUCCGAUCACUCGAUUCUCCGACGCGAUCUCGGUGCUUCGCUGUACUUGUUGGCCAGGUACUAUUCGCUCGUGCACGAGACUAUGACAGCGCGCGCCCGCGGCGACGAGGGAGAUCUCGCCCUGAAAAUGUCGGCGGGGAGACGUCUCGAAAAGGCCAGGAAUAAGGUGUAUGCCAAGCAGACACUUGCGCUGAACGGGCUGCGUGUGUAUUCGCAGAGGCUUCGGUGGGAGAUUCCCAUUGGCGGACGGUUUCCAAAGGAGCGUUAUGAUGAGAUUAUUGACAUGGUGAACUAUCUCAAUCUGGUCGAGUUUGCAUCCAAGACCUUCUCCGCCUCUUCUUCAAACCCAUCCAACCACCAUACCUCGUCUAGUCUGGAUGUCACGACCAAAGAAAACAUAGGCAGCGAUUGGUUCCAGGACUUUACCAAAAUGAUCUCCACGACAGAGUCAACCUCGUACCAAGUCGCGUCUAUUCUGGCCCUGCUCUCUGCCAGCAUCCUGAACGCACAGCCGCUGCCUCCAUAUCUAAAAAUUCCUCGCCCGUUUUCGUUUAGCGACAAGUUGAAGGAAGUUGACAAGGAUAUUUUGAAUAUCUGCCAUGCGGCGGAGCCGGGGUAUGCAGCGUUUAGUGUGUUGCAAGUUUCUAGUCGGUGUAUUAUGGGGGAUUUGCAGCGGCUAACUGGAAAAGUAAAAGAGCUGGUCGGAGAGUUGGACUUUUCGUUUCACGUUACUGAGGCUAUGGAGAAGGAGGAUUAA